UAAGAAGGGUCUGCGAUUCCUUUAUGAGGUGAAACCAAAACAGCUGUUAGACAUUGCAACAGGGAUAUUCUGGCAGGGUGUCUGUCUAGCAUUAGUUCUGAAAACGGUUGUGGUUUUGAUCACUAAAAUGGCUGUGACUUUUGGACUCUCUUUGAGUGUUUCUUGGAUUUGUUGCCUGCUAAUUGGAGGGAUAACGUGUUUUACCCUUCAAGGUGAUGUUUAUGGGCAUCCUGCCUGCACUGGACCUGAACCAACUGGAUCCCAAGCAAGUGUGGCGUCUGGUCCAAAUGCUAAAGCUACUGGCUACAAUACCCUGGCAAGUGUGACGCAGGGUCCAAAUGCCGCAACUGCCAACCAUGCCUCUGCAGAAGCGGCUGGCCCCCGCGCUUCAGCUGAAGCAACUGCCCGCCAUACCUCUGCAGAAGCGACCGCAGGCCCCCGCGCUUCUGCUGAAGCAACUGCCAGCCAUACCUCUGCAGAAGUGGCCGCAGGCCCCCGCGCUUCUGCUGAAGCAACUGCCCGCCACACCUCAGCAGAAGCGGCCGCAGGCCCCCGCGCCUCUGCUGAAGCAACUGCCAGCCAUACCUCUGCAGAAGCGGCAGGCCCCCGCGCCUCUGCUGAAGCAACUGCCAGCCAUACCCCUGCAGAAGCGGCCGCAGGCCCCCGCGCCUCUGCUGAAGCAACUGCCAGCCAUACCCCUGCAGAAGCGGCCGCAGGCCCCCGCGCCUCUGCUGAAGCAGCUGCCAGCCAUACCUCUGCAGAAGCGGCUGGCCCCCGCGCAUCAGCUGAAGCAACUGCCAGCCAUACCUCUGCAGAAGCGGCCGUCGGUCCCCGCGCCUCAGCUGAAGCAACUGCCAAACAUACCUCUGCAGAAGCGGCCGUCGGCCCCCGCGCCUCAGCUGAAGCAACCGCCAGCCAUACCUCUGCAGAAGCGGCCGCCGGCCCCCGCGCCUCAGCUGAAGCAACCGCCAGCCAUACCUCUGCAGAAGCGGCCGCAGGCCCCCGCGCCUCAGCUGAAGCAACUGCCAGCCAUACCUCUGCAGAAGCGGCUGGUCCCCGCGCCUCAGCUGAAGCAACUGCCAGCCAUACCUCUGCAGAAGCGGCUGGUCCCCGCGCCUCUGCUGAAGCGUCCGGCCUUGAACAGACGGCCCGACCCCUCAACAAGCUAGAUAGGGAGAUCAUAAUUUGGUUUGCCCAACUCCUUAAUCGUCUUUCUCCUGUUACUGUGCCUCCAUUUGAAGAAAAGCGCUUGUUUGAAAUGAGGAACUCCUUCACCAUAUGACUAAAAUGUACAUCUGAUUUGGCCACUAUUGCUGACACUUAGGUUGUACGGUUAUGAUUUGGCCUGGUGUUCCUGCUACUCUUACAUUACUUGUUCAAUAAACAAUUUGACUUUCAAAA